AUGAAUAAAUGUUCAAAGCCCAAAGUCUAUAUAACUCGUCGAGAAACAUUUUCAAGUGCGCAUCGUCUCCACUCAACGGCUUUGUCUGAUGACGAUAACAUGCACAUAUUUGGUAAGUGCAAUAAUCCUAACGGACACGGUCAUAACUAUGUGCUCGAGGUCACGGUUGUUGGCCAUGUGGAUGAGCACACCGGCAUGGUUAUGAAUAUUGCUGAUCUCAAACAUAUAAUACAAGAACAUGUGCUCAAGUUCAUUGAUCAUAAACAUCUUGAUCUUGAUCUUGAUCAUUUCCGCAUAAACAAGAUAGUUAGUACCACCGAAAAUCUAGCUAUAUAUAUUUGGCAACAACUAACUACUGCUAUUCGGAAUCAAUUUGACAAAGUUCACUUAUAUGAAAUUAAAUUACACGAAACUGAAAAUAAUAUUGUUGUGUACCGUGGAGAAUAA